CACCCCCACUCCCCUCCUCGGUCGUCAACAACACACACCAACACAGCCUCACGUAUCCUGCUCAGCUCUGUACCUCCACAUGACCUCGCCCAGUCAAACCCUGAUGUGUCCCUGAUGGACAGUGUGCAGGCAGGCUGUUGUGUGCUAAGUGCAGCAAGGUAAGAACUCCGGCCUUUUCAAUUUUUGUAGAAGACAGCUUCUUCAUCCACUUUAAAGAUAUUUGUGACGCUUGAUGAUUGUGGGGACUUGUUUUAACACAUUUUCCAGACUUACUGUGUACGUACCAACCAACCUUUUGAUUCCUAUAUUGUCAGGUCCUCUCCUGAAAUCAAAGUGGAUUACAUGGAAAUUUUUUGACUCACAUAAUCGACUGGGAGCAAAGAAUCCGGGUAAGUAGAUACGCCACUGACUAUGGUUCAAAAUCGAAAUUUAAUACGACAAUAAUCGUCUCUUGCUGGAAAACCCUCACUACUAAGGCGCAUGAUCCACACCUUUAAACAAGCUAAAGGCUGUUUGCUCUAAUAUAUCUAUUCCAAACAUGAUUAUUUUCAUUUUCAUGGAGCGUACGGUGUUAAACUUAAACAUGUAAAAGCCUCUCAUGAUCUGUGUUCUUACAGUCCGGUGUUAAAAACCUCAUGUAACAACGACAAAAGGAAAUUUCUGCCCUAACUGAACAAGUAAAUGAGAUGUGGUUGAACUUGACCGCAUGUAAAGGCCUCCGACCACAACAGGUAUACACUGUGGAGUGAACAAGGGACAGUUAAUAAAUACAGGGUAAACAACCAACAGGAUGUUUGACCUCAAAAACCAAAUCCAAAGUUAUUCCAACAGGCCUGGGGGAUAAAAUGAAAAGCUGCUGAUAAAAAGGUCAUAAAAACUUUUGAAUAACAGGCUGUACAAGAGUAGAAAUACCCCUUGAGGUAAAUUCACAGCCAGCUAUAAAGAAAGAAAUAGGAUUAUAGCUAAAAAUAGGGUUCGGUGCAUCUCAUUUGGUAAAGCCUCAUUUGUUGCAUUCUAUAGCAUCCUAGAUGCAUUUAUAGCAGGAUUGAUUACUGGAUCCCUGCAGAAUUUAGUGCAUGUCACCCCCAUACAGACAUGCACAGUUUUUAAUGUGUAAUAUGAAGUGUAAUCAGAAGUUAUGUUUCGGUUUGUGGUCGAACAGUGAGUAAAACCACAGACAGACAGACCGCGCCAGACAGAUUUAACCCUCAGAUUAUCAUAACAUAGUAACUUCACGUGGCUGUUGGCACCAGCUACAUUUACAAGCGAGGCUCAUUUGCAUAGAAAGAUGCACAUUUUGCUCCACAUGAAGGAAUAACCCAUAAUUUAAAUAUGCAAAGAACACAUGCAGUCUUCUCUGUGAGGAAGUUUGUGGAGCAAUAAACACUUUGUGCUUUGUGAAUUACUUGAUAUCUUAUUCGCUUGUUUGCACAUGUUGAGUAUGCAAUCCUUUUAUGAAUCAGCCCCUUAUAUAGAGCAAAUUAGAUGGGCUAGUACCAGAAUAACCAAACAAGUAAAAGCUCUAAUGUAAGAUACACAGACUAAUCACACAUUUUUUGCAUCAAUGGGUCAAAAACCUGUUUAGUGAAGUUAUUCAGACCUAAAUGUGUUAGUUAAUAUCUGCUCUUAACUGCAAACUGCAGGUCCCAGAAUCACCAACAAAGAGCAGAGACACAUUUCUGUAAACCACCAAUAUCUCUGUGGGGAGUUUAAACAGCAGACAAAGCCUUGGACACUGAAAUACUUCAGUCUAAAAUGUUGUAAUAUCACCUUCGUUUUCCCAACAGAGUAACCAUGCGUGUCAGGGACUUAAUAUUUCUGACUGGAACCGUGUACGCCUUCACUACGGUAAGUAUACUGCUUGGUUAAGAGUGCUGAAAAGCCCUUUUUUGACUGUUAUUCUAACAAAGUCAUCACUGUUCUGAUCUAAAUAGACUGCUUUAGAAAUACAUACAACUUCUCAUAAACUUACUGUUAUAAAAAUGGACUUAUUCUGAUUUCUUUCUUUUAUUGUUUUUGCAGGUUCUGGCUGUAGGUGAGUGUUGGCUAUGUUAGAUAUGUAUUUCUCUUGUAUUAAAUCUAAACAUUAUUGAAAAGAUAUUCAGCACCACAGCCUACUUAAACAGCAAAUUUUAAAAAAUACCAUACGUUAUAUCUCUUUCGAUCUAAUCCUUUAGCAUUGCUUUAAGCAGGUCUUGAACUUUUUCAAUCUUAAGAAAAGGUUUCUGAUAUUUUUGUGAAUUAUAUUACACACUUAACCAUUUUUCUGCGUGUACAAACACUUGUAAAUUAGUAUUUUUGCCCCUGAAAUUCUUUGUAAACAUUAUCGCAGAUAUCUACAUUGCUGAGUUGAUGGUGGAGAGUAACAUCACGCUGGAGGCCGAUACCGUGUUGUCGGCUCUGAAUAAAACCAGUGACCUUCAAGUGACCGACAACAACGGAGACCACACAGUCACGCUGAUGUACAACGAGCUGGUAGCAGGUUUGGUUACUUCUACUUUGGUUAUCACUCUGCAUUCUAGAAGCCUCCUUCGCUGCUGCAAUCCAAAAAAGUUGUGUUUCUUUGAAAAAAAAUUACAAAAAUGCCCCUUAUUGCGGAUUCACUGUCCGGUGACAUCACUAUUUGGGCAAAUCUCGACUUGGUCUCGUUGAAUUCUCGUGUGACUUUUUGAACGAGCAAUUCAGCGCCUCCUGAAGUUCCAUUUGGGGAUUACUCCAAUGCACAUUAACUUUAUAAUCUGAAUAUUUGCUCAGACCUCUGAAAAUACCCCAAAUCACCUUACAUCUGACUUCUGACUUGAACAGUGUUUGGUUCACCUGCGUCCAGUCUUCAAUAAUCUCGCAAUAUACAAUCAGAAAUCAUCAAAGCCUUCAUUCAGACUCUGAGUGCUUUAGUUCCUCAACUACAGACACAGCAAAUAUAUUGAUAACUGUGCUUUGCUCUCCAGAGUGCUUAAUUUUUGGAUCUGAUACAUUCUGCAACUGCUCUGACACGUACACUUGGAGUAACGAAGUGUGCGACACUUUCAACUGUUGCCGCGACACCUCUUGCGACCACAAUGUGACUUUCACCACCCCGCUGUGUGUGCCCAAGGCCAAAGGUAACGUUCCUGACAUUUAACCUUUUUUAUAGCUUUCAGUUUUGAUAAUUAAAAAGUUGCUUAUAUAACAAAAAGCUUGUUGAAAUUCAGUUAAAAUGAAUAAUGUUUGUAUUCCACACAGUUGUGAUCAAUGGAUCUGUUAUACUGAGUGCAUCUACCUGGGAUCCGUCAAAAACUACAAAGGUACAUAAUGCUUUUCUAACAAGUAUAGACAGAAGAGCCUGACUCAGAUCUUUACAAAAACAUAUUUAUCACAGAGUUUCACUGAGCUGAGGAAAUCUGUUUUGUUCCUUUCCUCAGCUCCAAACUGAAUUUGAAGCACUGAAUGCCUUUGAGUACCUGAAUGUAACCGGUCAGAGGUAAAAUUAUUUGAUUGCUCAGGUCUGAGGCGGUCAAUUUACUUUACAAACCACUAACUAAUGAUACAUGUUAAAAUUGUGCUUACAAUGAGAUAUUUGUAAGAAAAGACUUUCAAAGGCAGAGCAUAGUGGACGGAGGGACCUAGGGCCUGUUCUACGAAGCAGGAUUACUGCUUAGCGAGGUAACUUCGAGGGUAAGUUCGGGGUUUCCUGUUCUACGACGCGGGUUCACUUCUGAGCGAGGUGAGUCUCCAUAGCAACGUACGCUGAACGGCUAACCUGCUGCGAUGCAGGUUAGGUUCCAUAUUGAACUCACUGAGUAUAAAAACCCCGCCCACUGACCAAUGAGCUCUCUCGAAAAAUGGCUUGUCCGUUCUUGGAGGAUCCCACAGACCUCGGUGCUCACAUUGUCCAAGAAGCACUCCGGCGUGCGAGAGUUUUCAGGGACCGUACGGACCCACUUACUUUUCCGGAUGAGAAAUAUGCUCAUAUGGCCGACAUAUCACACAAAAAAUGUAACCAUGAUAGGAAUGAAAAAUGAAUGAAUUCAUCUUGGAAAUGAAUUAGACAUGUCUGGUGCAUGUUAAAAGCGCAUGUUGAACAGUGCUAUUUCAGGGUGAUAAUGGCAUCAAAGAUUUUUUGCGCAGACCAUUUAGCGAGACCGCUGGCUACCGCUGGUCAGUCGUAGCUCCAAGGCUACCUCGCUAGGUUGAACCUGCUUUGUAGAAUAGGCCCCUAGAUGAAGGACUCUGGGUCCACAGGGACUGUUUUUGUUGUUUUUUUGUGAACCAGAAGUCGGGUUUUGAAUUUAAUGUGAGAAGCAGCUGGAUGCCGGUGGAGAGCAGAGUGUUGGUUCAAGACUAAACACACUGCUGUGUUCUGGAUCAUCUGCAAAGUUGCAAAUUUGCAUUCAUAGGGAGUCUGCCAGUAAGGAAAUGCAGUUGUCAGUACAUGAGAUAAAGAGAGCCUGUGGUUGCUGUGUUGUAUGUUCUGUUAGGGAGGAUCUGAUCCUCCUGAGGGCAAAUGGGCACCACCAAGCAACUGAGGCCACAUGAACCAUAGUUGUUUGCUGGUCAUCAUUUAUGACCCAGGCACCAGACCACAGUUAUGCAAUCCUGCUUUGCUCAGUUAAGACAGUAAAUUAAAUCAGGUCUUUCCUCGAACCCACAGAUUAAGGAGGUCUCAUCCAUGCAUUUAGGGUUAGGGGUCUCUUAAAACAGAAAGAAACUUCAAUGUUGUCAAAAUAAUCCUCUAACAACCCUUUCUUUAAACCCUGCAGGUUAAGCGACAGCGUGGCUGACUUUGAGGUGGUCGUAAAUGUCAAAUUUCUCACUUCUAAACUUCAAACAAUUGUGACUUCUCUAGAAAACCAACUUGGUGCUGUGCUUUUGGUUGACACAGAAGGUCAGUGAGAAGUGUUGGGAUUUAUUAUCAUGUAUUUGAAUCACUAAAUGACACUGUGUAGAAACAGGAAUAUUCAAUGUUAAGCAGUCAGGGUAUGAGCUAUGAUUAUUGAACUGAUGAUGGGGAUGUCUCAGGAUUUGAGGAAAUAAACCUGUCACCAGCUUUAGAUCCAGACUUUGCUCUUUUCCAAAAUCAAUAUCUUCUUUAGGGGGAUUUUGCCUUGAGGGGUCCAGAUAGAUGGUCAAAGUUGGUCAAGAUGUUUGUGGAGAGGGGAGGGGAAUUCUAUAAAAUGAAGGAUCUGAUAGGACUGUAUCGCCUGCAGAACUGCUGAUCUGAUCUGGUGCUGCUACUCCAAGUCUUUGUUGGAUUAAUUUGUUGCUCAUAUUUCCUUUUUGUAUGUAGGAAUCGUAACUAUAGAUGCCCCAGAGGCUCCAGUGUGUUAUGAGUCCACUGCAGUUCUGAAAUGCACACUCGAGGAGGAGACCGAUAAUUCAGGCUGGAACAUGAGCAGAGAGCAUGAGCGCUUUGGGCUCAACAACGGUGAUGUGGUGAAACUAGAUUCCAGCUGUUGGACAGACGACCUGAAGUCUUGUGUUACAGUUACACUCAAGGAAGUGACAGGCAUCUGGGCAGGUAAGUGGUUAGAUUGAAGGUGUGGUGGGCAGGAUCUGAGGAAGUGCUUGUUUUGGGGAGAAAUCUUGAAUGUAAACACUACCCCUCCCAACCAGUUUUCCCCUCAACUCCUCCUCUCCCCUCCCUCUCUGCUCCAGGAAGUCCCGCCAACAAACAGAUGCUCCCAAACCAGACACUUGGCUUACUUUGUUCAAGCGGUUUACCUGUCCAGCAGAAACGUUACAGGGUCCGUAAGAUCCCGAGGCAUCCCCCAUCAUUUUAUGUUGACCCAACUUUUUAGCUCUUGUCCGGUGUUCUUCUGUUUUAAGCGCCCGUUAUUCCGCCAGAGUCUCCGGUAUAUACUUCCUUUUCUUGCUUGUGUCGGCAGUCGUGGCCAAAGGAGGAUUCAGACAAUUUUCCAUACUUUCGGGUUGGUUCUACUGUCCAAUAUUGUAUCUCGCUAACUUUGUUUGGGCUCAUGAAUGACACGGGGGGAACAGCGUCUGCCUCACAACCAAUCAGCACUAAGAAGCAGCAUUUGCCUCACAACCAGUCAGGUUGGGGGGAGGCGGAGAAUGGCUUUGUUUACAGUCAGAAAGAGCGGACCGCUCUAAAAUUUUUAAAUGUCGAUUACACAGAUAUAACAAAACACAGCAAUAUCGUUUUAUUCCCAAAUGUCAUCAAUAACUAAUAGCUAUUGACUGAUAUUAGAAGCUGUUUUGCAUAUAUACCACAAAAAAAGAUGCUUCUUUAACGGAAUCCUACCUAACCCACCAUUAAGAGGUUUCUCAAUGAAAUAAUGCAUUGAUGGAAACGUUGGUGUGUAAGAUGCAUGUAAGCAGCAUCCUCUAAAUCAUUGCAACUACCAGUUUAGCACGUAGAGAGAGGCCUUUUAUUUUGUCUCAGUAUAUUAAGGUGACCAGACGUCCACAAAUUCUGGGGACAGUCCCCGUAUUGGAUGCCCUGUUCCCGGCUAAAGCUGUCCCCAGAAUGAGGACAAAAAUGUUGCGUAUAGACUGGAACAAUGGCUAUCACAGUAGCCGGGUAGGUAGGAAGCACAGGUAAGCAUGCUGCGCACAGUUUUUACAGGGAAACCUCUCAGAUACCCUCAGGAAGUGAGCAGCUGUUCACUUGGCUCUUUUUCUAAACUCAGUAACCUGUGAGAGAUCUGCUCUCUGCAGGUACAUACGAGUGUGGAUUCACCACUGGGUCAGUCAGACACACAGCCAGGAGCCAACUUCAUGUGGCGCUACUUCCUGAUGACAUCAUUCUUAAGAUCAAUCCUCUGUCUGUGGACUGUUCGAAAGAGAAGAGCUCUGAAACCGUUCAAAUCACUGCUAUGAUUUUAAAGAGCAAAGAGCUCUUUGAAGUUCGUUGCGCCUACCGGGACAAAACCAAAUGUGACUUUCAGUCUAAGACAGGUGAGACAAAUCACGGCUCAUGUAACUGCUUCCUUUUAUGCUUUCUGUUUGCUGUAUGAACACAGUGUAAAUAGAUGGAUGUGAUGUCAUGCAAAAGGACUUUGAGCUGUCAUAAGACAACAGAAAGUGCUUAUAGUAUACAAAUGGUUCCAAAAAUUUGAGAAUAUCAUGAAAAACUUUACAUUAUCACAGACGCAUGUUUUCAAACUUGUGUUUUUUAAACUUUGGACUUUGGCUGACAGCAUCUCAAAACUUCAGAAUAUUGUGGAACAGUCCCGGUUCUUGUCAGGGAUUUCAGUCCUGAAAAGAGCAAAUUCGAGGACCACCUCUGAGGGUAACCCACAGAAGGUCGUUGCAGGAAACUGUGGUAAGAAAAGGUGACCAAGCAACAGAUGAGCGCAGCUUUGAGAGGACUGUCAAACAAAGCAGAUUCAAGAACUUAGGGGGGCUUGACAAGGACUGGACCGUGGCUAGAGUCAGAGCAUCAACUGAUAGAAGGCUGGUCCAGGAAAUGGACCACAAGUGUCAUGUAAAGCUAAUCCUGAACCAGAGACAGGGACAUAGAAGUCUCACCUGGACUAAGAAGAAAAAGAACUAGACUAUUGUUCAGCGGUUCAAAGUCCUGUUUUCAGAUGAGAGUCAACUUUGCAUCUCAUUUGGAAAUCAAGGUCAAACAUAACCUUGUCUAACACCGAGUUAGACACCCCGUCGAGAGAUGAAUGUUGCCAACUGCUUGCUUCUCUCGUUAUACCAACUUUGGUAACGACCACACAACAGCAAUACAGAGAGCCACGCGCUCAACCAAAACUCCACUCUAUAGCCACAAAUAAUGCUCAGAACAGCACCUAACUUCAUCAACAGUGCAUAUAGGGUCCCAGACAUAGUACUAGACACAAAACAUCUUUUUAACUUUGCCUAGACCGAGACGCCAAGGCAGAAGAACUACCGGGUCUGCAGUGCAAAAUGCAGACCGCUGAAGUCAAUAGAGUCGCCCGGAGGUCUCUGUACAAACAAGCAGCUGCUGAAGGGGAGUAGGUGAGUUGAGUUUAGUCUCUUUGCAAAAGAAAUCAGGCAAAGCUAAAAAGAUGUUUGGUGUCUAGUACUAUGUCUGUGACCCUAUAUGUCCUGUUGAUGAAGUUAGGUGCUGUUCUGUGCACUAUUUGUGGCUAUAGAGUGGCGUUUUGGUUGAGCAUGUGUCUCUCUGUAUUGCUGUCUGCUGUCAUUACUAAAGUUGGUAUAACUAGAGAAGCAAGCAGUCAGCAACAUUCAUCUCCCGACGGGGUGUCUAACUCAGCGUUACAGUGUGUUUGACCCUAGCUUAAUUUUACACCUGAAUAUCCCUUUAAGCCUACCAGGAGAUUUUGGAGACCUUCAUGCUUCAUCUGCUGGGAAGCUUUAUGAAGAUACAGGUUUGAUUAUCUAGCAGGACCUGGAUCCUGCCCACAACGCCAAAACUAUGAGAAACUGAACCCUAUUGGGGAUCUCUGGGCUAUGUGAAGAGGAAGAUAAGAGACACGGGUUACUGGAAGAAAGGAACUUUUUCAUGAUAAUCUGAUUUUUGCAGAUUCACCAGAGCAACAACAAAUAAUACAAACUCAGGGCUACUGUUCAGGAGACAAGUACCUGACCAAGAAGUACGUAGGGACCAGUUUUCCUUGAAUUUGAAAACAUUAACCUCUCUCUUUUUACAGAGGAUAAAGAUCACCAGCUUUAUACUUUCGAAAUUUCUGUCAGUUGCACGAAAACCACCACACCCCAUUUUGCUACUGUCACUUUUAAAAACACAAAGGACCAAGAAAAAACUGCCAAGGUGGACAUCCCAGUGAUUUACGGUAACUGUUCCGAAUCAUUACUUUGUCAAAUUGUUAACACAUCCUAUAACUGUUGAAUCAACUAAACUCUGUUUCUUGUCAGAUGGUACCACAUAUUGCCUUGAGGAUGUGCUUGAUGGCGAGUACUGGCCGAAAACCCCGACUGAUGACACGGUCAUUAACCGAACAUGUCUGGAGGGCCGAACUGGCUAUAAGUCACGCACAUGUAAAGGCACAACCUGGGAGCCAGUGUUCUCCUACUGCAUCAACGCCGAGUUAGACAAGAACUUGAACGCUGCAGAGGUGAGUCAGGCAUGACUACAGAAAUAAGCCUCAAAUAUGGAAGACUAAAGAAGCUGUAUUUGUCUAUAACUUCAUUGUGGUUUCCUCGUUUCUUUCCAGAAUUUCCUAAAGGGACUCGGGGCGACGAGGGAGGGGGCCAAGAAUAUAUUCGAACACCUUAAAAACAACUCCUUUCCGUCUAACUCAAACUUAGAUUACACCACGGCUGAUGUCAGCGCCUCCAUCAACAUUCUAGAAACAAUGGCCAAAGCAUCAGAAAACAUCGUCCUGCAUGAGGAGGUCUUAGAUGUAAGCAUCCGUCAUCUAUUUGUUCAGUCUCAGAUGUGUUGGUCCUUGGUCUGAGAAUUGGAAGGUGCGGGAUAGACUAUAGGGGUGGAGCAGGUCAGUGAGGUAGAAUGGGGCCUGAUUAUGGGGGAUUUUUAAAUGAAUGGGUUGGUGAACAGGGAGCCACUGGAGGUUUUGGAGGACUGGAACGAUGUGGUCACAUGAACAGAUGUGGGUGAGGAGGCGAACGGCAGAGUUUUGGAUGUACUGGGCAAUAUCUCUGAGGUAGAAGAAUGCAGUCCAGGUAAUGUGAUUAACAUGCUGUUGGGAUGUGAAGAUGGUGUCAAGGAUUACUCCAAGGUUGGGUGGGUGGGGUUAUCAAAAUUGAGGCAGAGGUUCUGGAGAUUUACUGGAGUUCAGUUAAAGGAAGUUGGUUUAUAUCCAUGAUUUAUUUUAAUAAGGCAGGUGGAGAGUGUAGACCAGGUGGUUGGAGAUGUAGAUCUGGAUGUCGUCAGAGUAACUAGAAAACUCUUUUGAUUUACUUAAACUAAAGCCCUUGACCUCCAUCUUUUUUCCCCUCUAUUUCAGGAUUUUAUGUCCUCAGCGAGCAGCAUGUUGGACAUAACAUGGAGUGGGGUCAAUGAAUCGGUUUCUUACACGAUGUCAGCAGAUUACCUUCUGUCUGUGGAGUCUCUGGUGAAGCACAUUAAAAUCAACACGAGUACUGGAUUCAGUACUCAAAAUUUAGACCUCAAAUUCUGCAAAAACAGUGACUGUAAUGUGUCCGUUUCCGACAUCAAUGUCAAUCUGAAAAACAACAAUGGACUACUGAAGACUUUAGCAGUGAAAAAUCUCAUGGACAGACUGAGAAACAACUUUGAUAAUACCGAGCGAACCGGCCUCAUACUGUCAGCCACACUUGUAAACAGCAACGAAUCUGUCGAAAUUGGACUGAACUUUCCGAGACAGCUGCAGAAUCUGAGUAAAGGUAUCUGCGUCUUCUGGGACACGACAGGAAAUGUAUGGUCUAAAGCAGGGUGCAAGGCUAAAACGACUAAAGAUAACCGGAUACUCUGUGUAUGCACUCACUUGACUGCCUUCUCAGUCCUCAUGGCAAAGGGUGAUGUAUCUAAUGAAGUCCUAGAUAUCAUUACCAAUGUAGGCCUGGGUGUGUCCAUCUCCUCUUUAAUCAUCUUCCUCGUCAUUGAGUCUGUAGUGUGGUCCGCUGUAGUCAAGACCAACCUUUCCCUGUACCGUCACACAGCCUUGGUAAACAUUGCUGUGUUCCUCUUACUUGCCGACUGCUGCUUUGUAGCCUCCGCCUCUCCGAAGGAUCUCAGCGAAACCAUGUGCCUCGCUUUGACUGUAUGCAAACACCUGUUUUUCUUAGCCAUGUUCAGCUGGAUGUUGUGCAUGAGCGUCAUGCUUGUCCACCGGCUCAUCUUUGUCUUCAGCCCACUGAGGAAAAGAGUGUUCAUGUUCCUCUCCAGCAUUGUCGGGUACAUUUGUCCAAUACUCAUAGUCGGCUCCAGCUACGUCUAUUGCAAAUACACCGGCACGGACUACGUCAAAUUAGACACUUGCUGGCUAGUUUAUGAUGGGAUCUUGGAGGGCUCCAUAUAUGCUUUCGUUAUCCCUGUGGGUACUGUGAUUUUGACAAACAUCUUUUCCAUGGUGGUUGUCAUCGUCACUCUGGUGAAGUCCUCGGCCUCUGAGGGCAGUAAGACCGACGACAAAGAGACUAUCAAGAGUAUCCUCAAAGUAGUGGUUUUUCUAACGCCCGUAUUUGGAGUUACAUGGGUUAUCGGCUUUUCAAUGUUCAUAUUGGACGAUGAUGACCCAUUGUUUGAGGUUGCCAACUACAGCUUCACCAUCCUCAAUUCCUUUCAGGUACUUUGAAUAUAACCCUUUAUGUAAAUCCACUUUGACACAAUCAGUUUAUGACUGCGCCACCAUCAUGGGCCACUCACAUCUUAACCCCACAUGGUGUAACGUGGAGUGAAAGGGAAGUUUAGCCACAGAUGCUGUUAGCUUAACUCCGGUGUAAAAUUAAGUUGCAAGGCAGGAGGGGAAGUCCAGGGAUUUCCACACUGUACAUUUAUACACACCUUCGGACCAUACAAGCCAGGUCUCACGGCAUAAACUGUAACUCUCAACAAAACUAUAAACAGAGAACAAAGAUGUUUGUGGCUUGCAGCCUUCACCAGCGUCCACAUUACUUAAGUCAAGGGAAAAAGAGUAGGGGAGUAGCAAGGGUGAUACCAAGUGACAAAACAAUGGAGGUGCCGCUGUGUGGCUAUACUCUGGCUGUUACAAUGGUAAUGAACCUGGAAGAAAAAAUUUAAUAUCUAAUACAAAGGCUCAGUUACAUCAUUGUGGCCAUUUUUUACUACAAGCAAAUGUUCAAUUAAAACAUUCUAUGUAUUUAAUUUUAAUGGUGCUUUUUUCUUCCUUAUAGACACGAAUUCCAGCGAAAGAGCACGAUAAAGAAAAAAAGAAAAAGACAGGGAAUGAAGAUCUUAAAAUAUAGAAUAAUAAUAAUUAUAUCUGAAACAUACCUCUGCGACUCAAGCCGCACUGAACAGAUGAAUCCUUAAAAAAAUAUAUUACUUAUAGUGUUCAUGCAUGUAAAAGGGCAGCUAGUCCAGCUUCUUACUCUUAGAUACAAGUAAGAACAGAUACUGAUGCCAACUUUGACCUUUGCACCUCUACUUUAGUACACUGCAGUGAUAUCUCCUCAAAACUUUUACUGAUAUAUUGUCUUCAUUAACUUGAUUAAGGGCCACCCCAGAUAUAGAGACGACCAAGAUAGUUUUCUGUUUAUAUAACAAUAAAAUACGGUUAAAUCUCCCUGGUGGGUUCAAAUUCUUAAUAAUCUACAAGCAGUAAAUGUUGAAAUAUUAAAUAUAUUAGGUAAGUCCACUAAAACAUAUUUAGUGAUAUAUUUUCUUAACUUUGACGAUCAAAAUGCAAAAUGUCCUUUUUGUCUUACUCCAAAACAAGAGAGAGUAGACAACUUUUGGGGUUUGCAACAAUAUCCUGCACUAAAAGGAUUGUUUUUCAGACCCUCUACCAAAUAAUGUCUAUAGAUUAGUAAAUGAACACUUUUUUUUUUGAAUGGUAAAUAAAUACGCUUCACUGAAAUUAACUGGUUAAAAAAUGUCUCUUUUUUUCGCAGGGCUUUUUCCUUUUGGUUACAGGGUGUUUUGCAGAGCAGAAGGUACGUUUGACACCUAAACUGAUACAUAUGACUGAAAAUAACCUACAGUUCUUUGAUCAACAGUGAAAUGUUCAAAACUGAUGAUAAACUUAUUAAUUUCCUCUCUGUUAAUGACAUUUAAAGCUGUUUAAUCCAGCAAGUUUCUGUUUCUAUUGUUUCGAAAAGGUUCGAGAGGAACUGAUAAAGAUCAUAAUGGUGAGUUUACCUGAAACGUUGGAGCAGAAUUUCUCCUUAAUUUGACUGAAACAUGCGCCGUGACCCUGUUUGCUUUGAUUUUCAGAAAAAGUCGAAGGGAAAAAGUGAAAGCAUGAAGAACUUUACUACAGCCACAUACGGAAACUGAGGUCAGUCCGAGUCCACGUCUGUCUGUUGACACUGAGAGAACAAAACCUGAAUCUGAAUCCAAACCGGAAAUUUUGGAGUUAAUGUCCGGUUUGAUUCAAGAUGAUUGAUGUCACUGUAGUCUCCAAAAUAUCAGUUAGGUUAGCUGUUAGCUGUUAUAAACUUCCAGACAGGAGACAUCUGUCAGUCUGCAGGUCACUUUAUUUGCAACUUUGCAUCCACACACACCUAUACUUCCUCUGUGUCUGCCCCUUAUAUGUUCCCUACUCAACAAGUACACAUCUGCUCUCGCUACACUUUCCUCAUGUUAUUGUCUGGUUUUCCAAAACCUCAAAUUAGCAAUCACAGGUGUAAAUCAGAGCAGUAUCAAAUUUUAAGCCGUGUGAUUGGAUCCUAGCCUGAAUCAGUUUUCCUGGAUAGUGUGUCAGAGUCAAAUAUGCUUAAAGAUAACUGCACAGGAGCGUUGCUUCAUAAUAUCAGUGAACAACUGAGAGGCAGCUUUGUUAAAUCUGCUGUUUUAAAUAAACUGGAUCAUAUAUUUUUAUUAAAGCAAGAAUUAAUCACUAAAGUGGAGAGGAGGUGGUUCUUCGUUCUGCUGCUCUCUAUGACUGUAUCUGUGUUGGGGUCUAUAAGUCGCCCCGUUCGUUGUCACCUUGCUGCACAAAGUGUUGUGAUUUCUUGCGGCCCUGAUGACAGUGCAAACUUAUGUACUGAAAGCAAACAUGAGCAAAAACUAACACCCUAAGUCUUGGGAUCAAAUAUGUCUUUAAGGUUAAUCUUGAUAAAACUGCCUGAGUUAAAGUCUGAACUAGCUUUGUUUUGGCAGCCUAUUUUAAUUUUAGUUUUAGUGUAGUCUUUGUGUCAAACUGUCAUUUCAGUUUUUAUUAGUCUAAGUCACAUUUAAACUCAUUUUUGUUUAGUCAAAUUUUAGUCAACUAAAACUCUGAGCAUUUUAGUCUAGUUUUAGUCAGAAAAACCCAUGACUACUUUAGUCUAGUUUUAGUUGGAAUAACCCAUGACUAUUUUAGUCUAGUUUUAGUCCAUAAUGUUCAUCCUAUUUAGUAUUUUAAAUCUGUUUAACCCAAUUAAUAUAGUGUGAUACCUAGUAUAGUAUCAAACAGAUUUAACCAAAUUUUCUUUUCAUCAAACCCAUUUCACAAAUCAAUCAUGGUUCUUAUUAUUAUAUUAUUGUUACCUUAUAGACUCAAGAACACAUUCAUUCCACACAUGGAAUAUACUCUGAGCAGACUGCUCACACACAAGCUAGACACACACACGCGCACUACACACACGCUGAGCUAGACACACGCUACACACACACACAAGACACCAGGCUACACACAUGCACGCGCACACACACGAUAGGCGAGGGACAGGCUACAUGCACACUCACGCGCGCCGUAGACACACACACACAACACACACACUCGGAUGAAUGGUGUAAGAUAUAGGUGAAGUUACAUCAGUGUCUUAACUAACCUCGAAUUCAGCAUGGAAGAUCUUGUCUUUUUAGAUUCGCGGUGUUUUUCCCGGCCAUUUUGCAUCUCUCCCUUUUUCUUUUCCACGACACAUUCCGUUUUGUUUUCCACUUGUUUGUAACUCAAAUGUGUCCAGAUAUCGUUUCUUAUUGACAACCCGGCCGUGACUCCAACUCACCCAAAAACGUCUUUGCCCACCGCAUCUAAAAAGACCGCGAAUUUUAGGGGAUUGAGGAAGUGACGUCACAGCCGAGGAAACAGAAAACGAGUACAACGCGACUGAACAAUUUCGUUUCGUCGUCGGCAUUAUUGCGUCAUAUAUUUUGUUAUAGUUGUCGUCACAAGACCACCGUUUACGUUUCAUCUCGUUUUCGUCACGUAAUAAAGGCUCAUUGAAGACGAUAUUUCGUCAUAACGUUCGUUCGUUGACGAAAGCAACACUAGUCUGAACCAGACUCCAGUUUAGUUACAGAUGUAAUUAAAUAAUCAUGCAAGUCUGAAAUCCUUAAUGAAGAAUCUUUAUUAUCAGAGCAGGAGGUUAUUUUAAAAAACAGGAUUUUUUUUAAUGUGCAGUGUGCAGAUUACAAUAUGAAUAUUGUAAAUAUAGAGCGUGUCAUCUUAUCAUGGCCAAAGAAAAAAACAUGGAAAAAAAGACAAUAUAAGCAGGAAUUGUUGGUGAAAUAACACUUUUGUGUUUUUCCAGAUUUGGGGACAGAAACAUCAGCUCAGUUUUUUGUUUUGUGUCAGAGGAUCACAAAGAUGAAGAUGACAAACUACAGUUGGUAAACUACUGAAGAGAGAUUAUCAGAGUGACCUGACCACCGCACACAUGAAUGACUCAUCAAAUAUCGUUUCAGGAGGUUAAAAUGUAAAUUUGGUUGGUGCACACCUUUAAAUGCAUCCUCUUUUCUUCUUUUAGGGAGCAGACGCAUAUUUUUUAAGUAAAUACCAACAUAGUAAAACACAAUAAUAAGCUGUUACUGUAUCAUACUGACUCUAACUGCAUGAUUUAUGACUCCUGUCUGUAUACUUAUACUUUUCUGUCUUUUUUAUUAGUUUGGCUUUGUUUGAUGCUGUUGUAUAAAGGAACGAAACAAGAACCUGUACUUUGUGUGUAACUGCAUCAGUGCAAUACUCUGGAUGAUAUCUAAUGAAAUAAAAUAGAAGAACAUGAUGGCGUGACACA